UUUGGCGUUCUCGCGAUCGACAGUCAAGCGCGGAUGGCCGUCGAUGGUGCGCGUUCGCGAGUUUGCAUACGAAGCGAAUAACGAUGUACGCUUGUGCGUCCGCGUUCCGCGCGACGCAGGAAUCCGAGGACGUCGGGGUGCGUAGCGCGUGAUCGCGCGCGGGUGCGUGGGUGCGUGCGUACAUCCGGGGCGCGCGCGAAGGACUGCGCUUCACGGAUGACCUCGCGCCACGAGUAUGGAGCCUUUUCGAGGUAUACUUUUCGAGUACCGUUAAGGAUCAUCAUGAGCGUCGACAGUGGAUCGCGAGAGAGUCAUCUAAGUCAUGAUUGUGUCCUAGAUCCGUAAUUCGAGAUAAAGAAAGAGAAAGAAGAAGAAAGGCGAAAAGGACAAUUAGAAAAAGGAAGAGCGCCAAACCGGUUGGCGAAUUCUACUAAAUCCAUCGCGCAUCGACCCGGUAUUGCUUCGAUUGAGUGUUCCUGGAGGUAACCGUAAACAGCAUGACAUUGAUAGUGACAACUAUCGUCGCUCUGUCCGUGUUGCCAAACGUCCUGCUGGCCGACCUCGAUCCUCGGGGUAUCAAAUGCGGCGAGAAGUUUUGCAACAUCUCGGAGUACUGCAGCCCUUUCGAUCAGCAUUGCAGGCCUUGCGCGAUCGCGUGUAACGUCACGAGCCAUAAUUAUCAGCCAGAGGAGUGCGCAAAAGAUUGUCAAUUUUAUCUUCAUGAUCAACGCUAUGUCCAACGCAUGGAUCAAUCAAGACAGUACGAUGAUCUCAGAGAAGAGGUCGAGAAACUGAAGUAUAGGUUUGUGAUCACGACGACACUGACCUGUUUCUCAUUGUUCGGAAUGCUGUACCUGCUGGGAAGGACCUUAAUACGGUGGAAAAGGAUUCAGCAUUCUUUGCAAACUGUAUUCAGAAGGAAUAUAAAAUUGAAGGCCAAUAAGAACAAAGUGCAAGACGACGUCGAGGCCGCUGUGAAUAAGCAAAAUGGUCUCAAGUUGACCAUACCGAGCAUAAGUGGCACGGUGGAGCAAGAAACCAAGAUCGAGAAUAAUAACAGUAGUAGCAAUAGUAAUAGUAACGGGAUUAAUACCACACCAAACACCACGAGCACUCCUCUUUCACGACGACAUGCUAGCGAAGAUACCACCCUCGACUAUGCUUACGAUAACCCGGCGAUGACACCGAGCCCAGAUGCCGCGCAGCUUAAGACAAAGGCUCGCGAGAGUUCGUUUUAAGAUUUCAAAUUAUGGAUAUUUAACGUCGAUAAGAAUAUGAGCAGGACUAUUUUCGACUUUACUCGAAACAUUUUGAAGUACUUAAGAUUAAAAGAGAGGAGCAUUGAGAGAUAAAUUUUUACUUGUUCUAAAAACGAGUUUUGAAGUUCUGGUUAGUAGUUCUGAGUAGAAGUUCUGAGGUAAGUGAGAACACUUUUGUGGCGAUAAUUGCUUUUGUAAAAAAAUAUAUAUAUUUACUGAAAGAACAGAAUGUUGAGGAAAAGAUUGCUAUAUUGAAAUCGAGGACAAUUCUGGCUUAAGUGGACAGGAAAAUGAAAAGAGGAUGUGACGAAGCGUAUUAUGCGUAAAAUGUGACGUGGCUACUUUGUCUUGUCCUACGAAUACAUAUUGAGAUAUUCUAUAAGAUUUUUCACGUUUUUACAAACGGUUUUUCGAGCUACGUUGUUAAUGGAUAUUGGAACAUACGUAGCAACGCGAUCGAAUGAGAGAUCGCUCGAUAUACCGCCACUUUGUCUUUCUUGAAUGCUCGCGCAAUUUUUAACGUACGUUAAACAGUGAUAUUCAUAGUCGAUAGUUCCAUGAAUGACCACAGCCUCACAGAGAAUAAUCGUGUUUCUACAUAAUUAUUUUACUUCUCGAUAAUCCCUGAAUCAUUAAACGCCGUCAUGAAACAAGUGAUUUGCUGUUAAUGACAUUUUCGAUGACUUGGGGAAAUGACACAUGCUCAUUUCCAACUAUGAAUUAAUUGCAUUUUGAAGGAAUAAUAUUUGAAAAAUAACGUUGCUCCUACGUCGAGACUAUAUAUAAAUGUCGAGACUCUAAAACCUAAUAGAUUACUUGUACAGCUAUUGCUAUGAUUAUAGUAUCGUAAGUUUUUGGAGUGACUCGUGAAUGCGUGUCACGCCUCCGCGAACCGUGCGGCUGUGUGACUUAAUUAAAUAAUUAUUGACGCGAUAUGCUCGCGGGAUAUAGACGCGCGCGGUGUAAUUGUCGACUUUAUCCUCCCGAUCUUAAACUGCUGGCGAAAUGCGAAACAUUUCGCUUCCACGAAAUUGAUAUACUAAUUCCAACACUUUUGUCAGAAGAUAGGCUGUAUAAGUGUCCUUAAAGUUACGCUUUCGCUGGUUCUUCAAAUAAACUAAGAUCUUUUACAGUUAUUUAUUCAUUGUUAAAGAUUCUGUGCAUCAGUAUUAACUGUGAUGAAAAAAAAAUUAAUGCCACAUGUACAGAUUAAAUUAAUGAAUCAAAUAAUAAAUAAAUUCAAUAUUUCCUAGUAAUUAAAUCUCUUAUUUACAAAAAGGUUCUCUUGCAAAUUUUUCUUUGGCACUUACUGAUUUUCUAGAUCUCAAAUCUUUUUGUUUUAUUGUUAGCAAGCAAUAAAACAUCAAAGAAUAUGUGCGAAAUCUUUCCACGUAUUUUUACGAUUACUUUUUAGUAUUUUACAAUCAUUAAAAUGAUAUCAAUGGCCUGAAUUAAAGAUCGGUGCGUAAAUUUCUGUUGCAAAUUAUGCACAAUGCGUGUCUAUAUAGGAUUUUAGUAAUAAAUAUAUAAUAAUUAACUUAAGAAAUCGCAUCCUUAUCAGCCAUUCCGUCCAUGAAAGGCCUUUCGAGCAAACGUGCGCGUAUAAGACGGCGCACUUUGCAUAGGUCAGUGACGUUGCAUGCGAGAACGAAGGGAAAUCGAUAACAAUUUUAUCGCGAACCGUGGCGAGCCAAGGCACAAUGUACUACGUUGCGAAAUUCCACAGCAAUGUAAAUUUAAAUGAUAUUAAUGGGAUUAUAGUCUGUAAAUGUAAUUUAACAGCCAUUAAUUCUGAUAAAAAAUAAAAAAAAUGUCCAAUUAAAUUGGUUGACUUUAAAGUUCGAGAGAAUUAAAAGAAUAUCGAAAGACACUACUCUUGGAAAUGGAUUUGCAUUGAUAUUUGCAAUUUGCUCAAAACAAAUGCGCUCAACAAUUACUUGCUCCCAAGGAAUAUUCUAUAUUUAUUGAUUGGGAGGAAGUGCUCGAUUAAUGCUCAAUUUUAAUGAGUAAACAUUUGCUCAACUUUGUAAAUUGUCAAUAAUGAUUAACGACUCUUUAAAUUAAUGACUUUAAUAUGAAUUAACAUAUAAAUUAAUUUAUAAAAAAAAGCAGUUUCAAGUUUACUAUAUAUAUUUCUAAAAAUCUCUUCUAAAAAAUGAUGACAAGUGACAUAUGCCGGGUUGAAACUUUUUAAUUAUAUUGAUAAAAUUUAAAAUUUUAAAUACUCAUCGAAUAAUCUUAUAGCCGAAGCUCAGGAAAUUAAAAAAAAAAAAAAAAAA